AGUCUACUUUGACUCAACGGUUUUAUCCUGUAGUUUUAUCAAUCGUAGGCCCCAAAGUAUCAUCCGCCAUGGCAAGUGUGUGUGCUGUGGUUGGCUGUGGGCCAGGCAUGGGGGGCAGUGCUGCGAUCCGCUUUGCAAAGGCUGGUUACAAGAUUGCAGGGAUGUGCAGAACAGCUGCUACCUUUCUGCCGACAGAGGAGAAAUUAAAGGCCAUGGGUGCAAGCUAUGGAUUCUAUGAAAUGAAUGCCACGGAGAAAAGCUCAGUGCAAGCAGCCUUUGACAGAGUCGCCAAAGAACUUGGCAAGGUUGACGUGCUCAUCUACAAUUGCGGAGGUGGCGGAUUUGGCAUUUCCAUUCUGGACAUUGAUCCUGAGACGUUCAAAAGCUCGUUCGAUGCCUCAUGUGUUGGGGCCCUGCUGUGCUCACAAGCUGUGUUGCCAGGGAUGUUGGCAUCUGAGGGCAGUGGAGAAUUUGCAGUGAAAAAGAAAGGAACAUUAAUCUUCUCGUCUGCAACCUCUGCAUUUCGCGGCAGCAGUGGCACUGCCCAAUUCGCUUGCGGAAAAUUUGCGCUGCGUGCUUUGUCGCAGUCCAUCGCCAAAGAGUUUGGCAAGCAGGGCAUCCAUUCAGUCCAUGUACGACUUGACUGUGUCCUGGAUACGCCGGGAUACCAGAAGAAGAUGCCCGACAUGUACGCAGCACACAAGAUGGGUUGUACGGAUGAUAUUGCUGAGACAUAUUUUGCGCUGGCACAGCAGUCGCCCUUGGGAUGGUCCAACGAGAUUGAUAUUCGCCCCUUUCAGGAGGGCUGGUCCUGCUAGCGCCUGAGUGGCAGUGGGCAGUGCUUAUUUGGCCGCGAGAUCGCAGUUCCUGGAAGGUCUGCCAUUUGAACUCGCAGCAUCUUUAGCUCUGAAAUGAAUGCCGACAGAUGAAGGCAAAUAGCCGACAUAUUGUGCAAAGGAGACGUGACAGGUCUCCAGAAAGGGCAUCGUGCAU